AUGCGCGUGUUCUCCGUCGGACAUCUUUCAGUGUUAUGCAUGUACCUCGGCAUUAUAGACGCAAAUGGAGACCGUCUUACUACAGUUACCAUACUUCACACCAACGAUAUUCACUCGCGGAUUCUUGAAAGUGACAAAAGCGGCAGAGAAUGCAAAGACGGAAAAAGCAAAUUCGGACCGUGCUACGGUGGCAUCGCUAGGAUUCACAAUGCUGUGCGACGGCUGAAGGCAGCUGCCCAAAAUCCUCUCUUUCUCAAUGCCGGAGACUUUUACCAAGGAACGUUAUGGUACUCUAUUCUUAAACAUGAAAUUGUGUCGGCAGCAAUGUCAAAAAUGUUGUACAACGUGGUGUGUCUCGGCAACCACGAAUUCGACGAUGGACCAGAAGGACUGGCGCCAUUUCUUUGGAAAAUGAAACAAGCGCAUGUAACUGUACUGGGAACAAACCUGGACUAUUCUGAUGAACCUCUAUUCAGAAAUAUUACACUGCCAAAGUCCAUUGUGUACACCAUUGCAGGACUUCAGGUGGCUUUGCUGGGUGUGGUUACUACGGAAACGCUCACAAUCGCCAGACCAGGUCGUAUCCGGAUACUGCCCGAAGUUAAGUCAAUUAACGACGAAAUUGAACGCCUAAAGCAACAAGGUGUCAAAACAUUUUUUCUCAUUAGUCACGUUGGCUACGACGUUGACAGAACAAUAGCGAAAGAGUGUCCUGACCUCGAUCUUAUUGUCGGUGGACACACGAACACCCUGCUUUAUACAGGAGUGCCUCCAGUCGGUGGUAAAGCAGAAGGGCCGUACCCUUACGUACACAAGCGGUCAGACGGAAGCUCUUGUCUUAUUGUACAAGCAUACCGAUAUGGAACUUACCUUGGAUUUCUCCAGCUGGGAAUAGAUCCCCAAGGCAAGAUAAUCCGGUGGUCGGGUAACCCAAUCUUGCUCUCACAAGGGGAGGAGGAGGAGUAG